AUCGGGGCUCUCAGUUUACAUUAUUCAUACGGAGGAGGGUGUGACUUGUUGGCUCUUUAUAAAACGAGAACUUCGCGUAAAAGAAAAUACAGAUGGAGAAGGCUAGCCGGCUCGCUGUGUCACAGAGAGUCCCCUUAAGCCUACGUGACAACUCACAUACUGUCCCUUUGUGACCAGCUUAAUCGGCAGAAUGCCCGGUCUCUGCGUGCUUUGUCUCGUCGCUGCGCUGGCUGCGUUCACCCGGCUCGCCGGAACCGUUGGGCCGGUGGUCCGAUGCGAGCCGUGCGACGCUGGGGCGCUCCUGCAGUGUAAGCCCCUGCCGAAGGACUGCGCGGAGCGAGUGAGGGAGCCCGGCUGCGGCUGCUGCAUGACGUGCGCCCUCGGUGAGGGACUGGCUUGUGGAGUGUACACGGCGCGCUGUGGCUCCGGCUUGACCUGCCAGCACCGGCCGGGGGAAAGCCGACCCCUGCAAGCUCUGCUGGAGGGUCGGGGAGUGUGCUCCAGCGCCGCGGCCAAAAAACUCAACAGCAUUCUCAUACCGGCGCAAAAGCAAGAGAACGCUGGAAAUCUUAUAGAAGAAGACUGUGCCAACGUUACCGCGACGAUGACAGUGUUGCCUGGACUGGCGACCGUGAAGGCUGGGCACAGUCGGGGGUCGAUGGACAUCAGACCCCCGCUGCACAACAAAUUGAUCCAGAAAGAUCAGAACAGGAAGACUCAGGGCUACAAGGUGGAAUCGGUGUCAGGAGGAGCCAAUAUGGACAUACACAACUUCUCCCUGGAGAACAAGAGGGAGACCGAGUAUGGGCCGUGUCGGCGGGAGAUGGAGAGCAUCCUGAGCAGUCUUAAAAUCAGCAACGUGCUCAACCCGAGAGGCUUCCGCAUACCCAACUGUGACAGAAAGGGCUUCUACAAGAAAAAACAGUGCCGUCCAUCCAAAGGCAGGAGGCGGGGCUACUGUUGGUGCGUGGACAAAUACGGGCAGCCUCUGCCCGGCUACGACGGCAAGGAGCAGACGGAGAAGAAGUGCUUGAGCCUGGAGAGCAAAUGAGAGGACGGAGGGACACAAGUGGACGGAGAGAGGAAGACAGAGAAUAAGGGGGGGGGGGGGAGAGAGAAAGAGAUGAUUUUGUUUUCUUGCAUGUAGUUUUAUGUAAACACUCGGAGGGACUCUGGACCUUUGAUUUCAGGUCCCAUUUCUGUCUGAGAGUUAGGGGGAGAAG